UCAGCGAGUGCCAACCGGCAGAAGCUGAUCACCAACAUGCCAAAAGAGGAGCGCAUGGAUUUCUCUAACCUUGGGGUCGAGUUGUACGAACACCAAAAGAUAGGCGUGCAGUGGUUGCAUGACAUGGAGGUCGAGUGCCGCGGAGGGCUUUUGGCUGAUUCCAUGGGAGUGGGUGGGUGGGUGUGCGUGUAG